GUCAUGAGUUCUCAGUUUGCGCACAGCCGCCGUAGCGUGAGGAUGCGUGGUAGUGUAUCUUUCGAACGACAGUGAGAGAGGAAGACUGAAAGAAAUUAGGCCGGUGUUCAAUCCAUAUCGUUUCCUGGCAGCGGUUGUGUCUUAAAAGACAUUUCCAGGCUUGUCUAUCGCCUAACAAAUGAACGCACACCAUGACAUCCCGUGAAUACGUCGUCGUAACUUUAACGAUAGUUCUCGGAAUUCUCGCAAUUAAUACGGACGCCAGAUCGUGGGAUUUAGCAGUAGUGAUUGGACGCGAUAUCGAAUUUUUCUCACGGAAUCAAACACUAACUGGACAAGCCAGAAUUGCAGACGCUAUAUCUUUGACGGCAUUAGCGUACGAUGAUAUUUCUCGCACGAUGUACUUCAGUGAUACGCGCAGUAACUUUUCCUUGUUCAGUAAUGACCUGACGAACAAGAACUUCACGUCAAGACCAUUGCUUAGAAAACAAACCAGAAGUCACAUCCUAGGGAUCGUCUUCGACACCAGGACGCGAAAUCUCAUUUGGCUCGACGCUUUGAAAGAAGUGAUUAUGAAAAUGUACGUGCCAUUAGAGGGGAAAUCGGAGGAACCCAUCCUCCUCCACAAUUUAACGGGGAGUAGUCCGCGCGGCAUUGCUCUGGACGUAUGUAACAGUCUCAUAUACUGGGUAAAUAGUAAUGUUACGAAUCCGAGUAUAGAGCGCUCGAAUCUAGACGGAAGCGAUCGAAUUACUAUUAUUAAAGAAAAUUUGUACGAGCCGCUAGCAGUAGCUAUAGAUCAUGCCGAAGAGAAGCUCUAUUGGAUCGACGACGUCGAGGGUAUACACGUGAAAGUCGAGCGUAGCAAUCUCGACGGUACCGACCGUGAAUCGGUGGUUCGCGGCAAGCACCAGCAACCAGUUGCCCUAACCGUGGACCGCGACACGAUAUACUGGAUCGAUUUGGUAUACAGUGCUAUCUGGAUGGCGCCAAAAUCCAGGAUAUCCGGAAACUCGUCGACGAUAUUUAAAACGUACAACACGCACCUGGACGCUGAUCCAGCCGGGAUCAUAGCACGCGAUAACGCGGGUAGGAUCGAUUGCGAAGCGUUAGCGAAAAUAAGACGAAAAACGAAUUACGCGAACUCGACCUCCGUACGAACGACCACCGUCGAGUCGUUCAACAAUUUAACCACCAGCACGGAAGACUCGGAAUUGACCACCGAGAGUUCCAAACGCUGCCUGAAUGACGGGAAAAGAUACUUGAACAGUAAUAACUGCUACUGCAAGCCGGGGUUCAUUGGCGCGCAUUGCGAGACAGAACUUUGUCACAAUUACUGCCUUCGUGGUAGCUGUAGUAUAAAUAGCCAUGGAUCUCCCGAGUGUAGAUGCGAGGAUACAUUUGGUGGGCCACGGUGUGAAACAGAUAUGUGCAAAGAUUAUUGCUUGCACGAUGGUAAAUGCUUCGUCCAAAAUGGGAAGCCAGCUUGUAAAUGUAAAUAUUCUGGGGGUUUGCGUUGCGAGGGUUUGAGCAAUGUCACAAAAGCUUGCGAGAUCUAUUGUGCAUAUAUCGCGCUGGUCCCUGGUAGGGUCGUCCAUACGAUCAACUGCAGGUGUCCAAAAACUAUCGAAACAAAUGCACAAAUGAUCUUGGUCCGUGAUAAUAACGAGUACAAAAUGUUGAUACUAAUUUUGGGCGCAUCCACUGCUGUAUUUGUACUCACAACCAUCGUACUUUCAUACUACGUAAAUAAAUUACGAAGACGACCACGAAUUAGAAAGCGUUUUGUUGUGAGCAAGGGUGGUGUAACGCCACUCACAUCUAGGCCACAAUUACCAGACAAUCAAUGCGAAAUAACCAUAGAGAACUGCUGCAACAUGAAUAUCUGUGAAACACCAUGUUUCGAACCAAAUUUACGUACUCCGGCGUCGGAAGGUAAGAGUAAUAAGAAAGAGGACAAGAAUUCUUUGCUCGAUAACAUGGAGGGGAAUUCGUGGUAGCAUAAACUAAUAUUUCGACGUGAGAACUAGCGAAGGUCUAGUGGGCUUCGCAUAAAGUCCGUGGAAAAGUUUAGUCUCGCAAAACUGCGCGUCUGUACAUAACACAACAGCAUAUUGUAGUAUUAUUGUUAAAUUUAGUAGUCAUACUUCCAAAAAGUGCAGAAACAUCGUAACAAUGAUACAGUCAUAAAACGAAAGCCAAAGGUCUUCUCGAGGACUUAUUACGUCAUAUGAUAUGUAGGGCUGUGUUCAUAUAAUGAUUAUUUCAAAUAGCUAUUCGAAAGUAACGAAUCUUUUUUUAAAGGUAUAUAAUUAUAUAUUUUGCAUAAAAGAACGGGAAAUGUUAAGUUCCUUGGCAUUUUAUAAUGCCUCGAUAGAUAAGUAACAUAAAAAUAUGGUAUACAUAUAAACAAAACAUACAGAUCUUUUACGUAUUCAACGUACAUUUCCUGAGUUCUCUCAGUUGUUUACUUAAACACGUUUACGUAUUUUUUAUAGUUGAUUUAAUAGUGAUAAAACCCGUUUUAAAACAAAUAACACCAAAAAUUAAUCUGAUUCCAAUUGAAGGGUACAUAAAAGCUGCCUUAAUCGCUAGACUCGUAAUAAUUGCUCAACGUACUAUGCAGUACAUUCCUAAAAAGUAAUAGAACACAAGAUUAUUAUAGUGAACAUUAUUAUGUUUGUAAAAACAAAUUGGAUGUUUUUAAGAUCUUUAUCGGGCUUGAUAAUUCACCAGUUGAAUAUUAAGUCAUUACAUUGUCACAAAGAUUUAUUUCAUUGAACAUAUUUGCAUUUGUUCUUGUACGUUUUCAUACAUCCAAUGUAAAUGUUUUAUUUCAAGCCAAAACACUGCUGUAGUUUUGGAGACAUUCAUUUAGAAAUAAUAUGUUCCAGAAUUCUGUGUACUUUAGAAUCAUAUAAAUGUCAUUUGGACAGACUUAAAACAUUUAGAUUCAUAUUUAACUUGUGUAAGUGAUAUUGUUUGCUAAACAACUGCAGCUAUUUGUACAAAUCUUGUACCGCGUUAUUUUAUAUAUUUGUGCAGGGGUGCACAUGCGCGUAAAAUAAUAGAAAACAAUGCAGCUUCUUUUAUAGAAAAAAUUCAAUAUAAUUCACGAAAUUUCUAUAAAUUGUGAACUUCUGAAAAUUAGACACAAUUUUAGAUAAAAAUCGAGCCAUUUGUAUAAAUUAUGAUUGUUUAUACUUAUAGAAAGUACAAUAACCACGGUUUUAAAAUUUGUUGCAAAAUGGAGGACACUUCGUAAUUUCUUGAUUUUCGAAAUAGAGUACAAAUACGUUUAAGUGAAAAUAGCUUAUGUAGAAAAUGAUAGAAGGGCCAAGAAAACUUCGUUUAAAAAUAGUCAGGUUAUAUUUUUUGUUUACUUCACUGCUUCCAAUACUUAUGUGUCAAAAUGUACUUUCUAGUGCUCUCUUUAUGCUUAGACAAUUGUUCACUAUCAAAGGGUGGCUACUUAACGAUAUAGAGCUAUGUAAAACAUAAACUGAAAUUUGUACCAAAGUCAUAUGUAACAUUAUUAACAUUAAUUGUAGUAUGGUUAUUGUUUUUGACGAAUUAUUAUUUCACAAUAAUCUUAGAGAUUGAAUUUAUACGACUUCAUACGUAUAAUAAUAAUACGUGCCUUUUAUGCACUAAAUAAAAUAAAA